ACAGCAGCCUACUAUUAAUAAUUGAUCAAUAGAAAUGGCAUCGGUUAUUGCCUUAAAAAAUGAUAAAUGCAAAUUCGAAAAUGAGGUCAGAAAUCGAGAACAGGAGGCUGAAUUUAUGAGAAGAAUUCUGUUCAUGGCGGCGCGAAAGAUUCAGGCCUGGUUUCGAGGAAUUUUAACUCGUAAUCACAUUCGAUCACUGCACGAAAGAGUAACGACAAUUCAACGCCACUGGCGCGGAUAUCGGGGAAGAGUAUACGCAGAAUUUUAUUUAGUGGAAAGUGUUGUUACCAGCUGGAAACAAUAUUACGACACCAUGGCCGGAAAGAUACAAGCCGUUUGGCGCGGUUACUGGGUCAGGAAGAAUGCAAUGGAUAUAGGGAAAUUUCGACAAUGGCUGGAUUACGUGUACAAGAAAAAUAAUGAAACAGUGGAACAAAUGAGAAAAUUCCGAGAAAGUGAACUAGAGAAUGCGCGAAAGGUUACGGAAUAUGAAUCGAUGCUUUGGAUUCUUUAUAUAUUGUUUAAGCUUCAUCAUCUUCUGGGAACCAAACAGAGACCUGGUGUCAUGUCUAGGAUCGAGAAGAACAAGUUUAUUUCUGUGGAAAAGAUGAUGCAGUGUCUUGAGUAUUCAUUGUAUAAUAAGAAAAAGCGCGAGGACAAUUGCUGUUGUGAGGAAAGCAUAGAUCCGCCAUUGAUGUUAAAAGGAACGCGUUUGGAACGUUGCGAAAAAGAAAUUCGUGAAUUUGAAAAAAAGCUACGCGCUGGAAAAAUUCCUAUUUAUCGAAGUGCGUUUUACACUUUAAUAAUUAUUUUAAUCUCGGUUGACAACUAUCUUGGUAUAUUAGGUCAAUCGUAUGAAGAGGAUGAAAAAAUAUUACAAAACAUACGAAGGCCUAACGAUAAAAUGCCGAAGGGUAAAAAUCAAAAAAAGCCUGCAAAGAAAAUCGGUUGCUCUAAGGACGACAAAUUGCGUUUACCAGUGGAAAAAUAUAAACCUAUCAAAGAACAAUUUCCACGAAUCAGACCACCUAGAGAUAAAAACAAAGAAUUAAGCGGGGAUUUCAAAUUGAUAAUAAAACCCAACGAAGUCUAUGAAACGAUUUGUAAAAUGGAGUGUGGAUUUAAUCGAUUACAUAUUACAUGUCCUAUUCAUCAAGAAGAAAUGUCGAUACUUAAUAUGUAUCAAUAAAAUAGUAAGACUAAUCAAAGUAAUUAAAUCUGUUCGAAACUUCCUCAUUUGAUCAAAUCGAACAUUAUGGCUUUAUUGGAAGAAGAUACAUUCGUAACUGCACUUUGGUUAUGAAAUCAAAGGUCAUAGUAACUGACAGUAACGAUGACAAUAAUCAUUGAGAAGAAUUACAGCUUCGAAGUUUAAAAAUGUCUUUCAUCAAGUACCCAGAAUUGUCAUAAAUUGCUACUAAGGCAUCGCUCAAGUAAUAGCCUCGUAAAUAUGUCUUUUCUAAUUAUCAAAAAUCAACCGCUAUAACCAGAGA